GCGGGGCGGGGCUCGGCUCGGCUCGGCUCUCACUUCUCCUCCUUCAAACGCCGCCGGCUUGGGUGGCUGAGCUCGCGAGCCCCUCAGCGAGUCUUCACCUCGCCCCGGAUUGAGCAGCAUGGAGAGGCUGUGCGACAGCAGCUCCCGGCUCUGGGAUCAUAAUGUUACGAUAAACACAGACAAUCCAGAUCUGACACCAUGCUUCCAGAAGACUGUCCUGGUUUGGAUUCCAUGUGUGUACCUUUGGGUGACCUUUCCCCUCUACUUCCUGUAUCUCCGACACAGCAACAGAGGUUACAUCAGGGUCACCUUGCUCAACAGGGUCAAAACGGUCCUUGGGUUGUUGCUGUGGAUUGUCUGCUGGUCGGACCUCUUCUUUUCCUUGGCUGAAGUGAUGAAUGCCCAAGCAAGGGCUGCAGUGUAUUUCAUCAGCCCUUUGCUGUUGGGAGUCACGAUGUUACUCGUGACGUUUCUGAUCCAGUAUGAGAGGUUACGGGGGAUCCAGUCCUCUGGAGUGCUGUUCUUCUUCUGGCUGAUCACAUUGCUUUGUGCUGUGAUAACAUUCAGAUCGAAUAUCCUUGUGGCACUCAGUGAGGGUAGCGUACCUGAUGUCUUCCGAUUUACCACCUUCUUUAUAUACUUUGCCUUAGUUCUGGUCCAGUUCUUUCUCUGCUGCUUCAGCGAACCUCCUCCAUAUUUCUCUGCACCAUCACCGGAUGAGAAUCCCUGCCCCGAAUUGAGUGCUGGAUUCCUCUCUAGGCUGACCUUCUGGUGGUUUACUGGAAUGGCAAUACAGGGUUACAAGCACCCCCUGGAGGACAAAGAUCUCUGGUCAUUGAACAAAGAGGACAGGUCAGAUGUUGUAGUGCCGAAACUACUCAAAGAGUGGGAGAAAGAGAAACAGAAAACAAGGAGGAAACAAGAAGUCUUCUACACCAAAUGCCCUCCCACAUUAAACAACAUGGACGGGGAGCCCCAUGAAGCUGAGGUCCUCUUUCCCAGCAAGGAGGACCAGAAGAAGCCUUCAUUCCUCAUAGCCCUGUGCAAAACCUUUGCUCCAUACUUCCUCAUGGGAUCGGCACUGAAGCUGUGCCAGGACUUGCUGUCUUUCGUCAAUCCCCAACUUCUCAACAUGUUGAUUUCCUUCAUAAAUGACCCACACGCCAAGACCUGGUGGGGAUACAGCAUCUCAUUCUUGAUGUUCUUCUCUGCCGCCUUGCAGACUCUCAUCCUCCACCAGCACUUCCAGUAUUGCUUUGUAACUGGCAUGCGACUCCGGACUGCAAUCGUUGGAGCCAUAUACCGCAAGUCUUUGGUCAUCACUAACUCAGCCAAACGUUCGUCCACCGUUGGGGAGAUUGUGAACUUGAUGUCAGUGGAUGCUCAGAGAUUCAUGGACCUCACCAGCUUCCUGAACAUGCUGUGGUCAGCUCCACUCCAGAUCUGUUUGGCUCUCUACUUCCUGUGGCAGUACCUGGGCCCUUCCAUUCUGGCUGGCGUUGCAGUGAUGAUUCUGCUGAUCCCAUUCAACGCAGUGAUUGCCAUGAAAAGCCGAAGUUUUCAGGUGCAACAGAUGCAGCACAAAGACUCUCGGAUUAAACUGAUGAACGAGAUCCUGAAUGGUAUUAAGGUGCUGAAGUUGUACGCCUGGGAACCAUCCUUCGAGCAGAAGGUCCUGAGCAUUCGUCAGAAGGAGCUCAAUAUCCUGAGGAAAGCUGCCUACCUCAACGCCCUCUCCACCUUCACUUGGACAACUGCCCCCUUUCUUGUUGCUUUGACGACCUUUGCAGUGUACGUGGCAGUGGAUGAGAAUAAUGUAUUGGAUGCACAGAAAGCCUUUGUCUCUUUGUCUCUCUUCAAUAUCCUGCGGUUUCCACUCAACAUGCUGCCCCAGGUCAUCAGUGGUGUUGUUCAGGCCACCGUUUCACUGAAACGAUUACAGAACUUUCUGAGCCACGAUGAGCUGGAUCCCACAAACGUCGAGAAACAAAAGAUUGCUACAGGACACGCUAUCACCAUGGUGAACGGGACUUUCAGCUGGGGGAAGACAGACCCUGUUGUUCUGGAUGGGAUCAGAAUGAUGGUGCCGCAAGGCUCACUGGUGGCAGUGGUCGGUCAUGUUGGAUGUGGCAAGUCUUCACUCAUCUCUGCCCUUUUGGGAGAGAUGGAGAAGCUGGAGGGCAGAGUGGCGAUCCAGGGAUCUGUAGCCUACGUUCCUCAGCAGGCCUGGAUUCGGAAUGCCUCGCUAAAAGACAACAUUGUGUUUGGAGAGCCUCUCAGCGAGCAGAAAUACCAACAGGUUUUGGAGGCCUGCGCACUAAUCACUGAUCUGAAUGUACUGCCUGGUGGGGACCAGACUGAGAUCGGUGAAAAGGGAAUAAACCUAUCAGGAGGGCAGAAGCAGCGGGUGAGUCUGGCCCGAGCUGUGUACAGUGACAUGGACGUGUAUCUCCUGGAUGACCCUCUCUCGGCUGUAGAUGCACAUGUGGCUAAACACAUCUUCGAUAAAGUUAUUGGCCCAGAAGGAGUGUUAAAGGGAAAGACCCGGGUGCUGGUGACACAUGGGAUCAGCUUCCUGCCACAGGUGGAUCAGAUUGUGGUUUUGGUAAAUGGCAAGGUGUCAGAGAUGGGAUCGUAUCAGGAGCUGCAGGAUCAGAACGAAGCCUUUGCAGAGUUCCUGAGAAACUACGCACAGCGAGACGAAGUGGAGGAGGAUGAGCCAACAGUGCUGGAUGAAGAGCAAGAGUUUCUUGGGGAGGAUACCCUCAGUAACCACAUUGACCUGAGUGAUGAGCCCUCAGCAGCAGCAGAGACAAGGAAACAAUUCAUGAGACAAAUCAGUGUGAUCUCUUCCGAUGGAGAGGCAUCUGCAAGGAAAUCCACAAGGAAGCGCCUGAGUGAGAAGAAGAAGGUGGCAGAGAGUGCUCCAACGCCAAAGAAUGUAUCAAAGGACCUGAUCCAGGCUGAGACGGCAGAAACCGGGAGGGUUAAAUUGAUUGUGUUCUGGCAGUACUUGAAGGCAGUCGGUCCCUUCAUCUCUGUUGUGAUUUGUAUCCUGUACUGCUGCCAGAAUGCUGCAGCGAUUGGUGCCAGCUUCUGGCUAAGCGCCUGGACCAACGACCCUGUCGUCAACGGGACACAGCACCAAACGUACAUGCGGGUAGGAGUGUACGCGGCACUUGGCUUCACACAAGGGCUCCUAGUUAUGACUUCCUCCUUCACAUUGGCAUUUGGAGGCCUGGGGGCUGCUCAACAGCUCCACACACGGCUCCUGGACAACAAGUUACACACACCGCAGGCAUUCUUUGACACCACACCCAUUGGACGCAUCAUCAAUCGCUUCGGCAAGGACGUGAACGUGAUUGAUGAAGUGAUUCCGCUGACUUUCCAGAUGUUCCUCAUGACGUUUUUUGUCUCCCUAUCCACCAUGAUAGUAGUAACAGCCAGUACCCCGUGGUUCACUCUGCUUAUCGUGCCACUGGCCAUUGUGUACUUCCUCGUACAGCGGUUCUAUGUGGCUACAUCACGGCAACUGAAACGCCUGGAGUCUGUCAGCCGCUCACCGAUCUACUCCCACUUCUCAGAGACCAUCACCGGCUCCAGCGUCAUCCGAGCGUAUGGGAGGGAAAACAACUUCAUCCUCAUGAAUGACAACAAAGUGGACACAAACCAGAAGAGUUAUUACCCGGGCAUUUCAUCAAACAGGUGGCUUGGGAUCCGGAUCGAGUUUAUUGGUAAUUGUAUCGUCCUGUUUGCUGCUCUGUUCGCUGUGAUAGGCAGAGCUCACCUAAACCCAGGGAUUGUUGGCCUCUCGGUGUCUUAUGCCCUACAGGUCACCAUGUCCUUAAACUGGAUGGUGAGGAUGUCAUCUGACCUGGAAUCGAAUAUUGUGGCAGUAGAAAGAGUUAAAGAAUAUUCGGAAACCGAAACUGAGGCGCCAUGGGUGAUUGAGAGUAACCGCCCUCCUGAGUCCUGGCCGGAGGAAGGGAACGUGGAAUUCAAUGGAUACAGCGUGCGGUAUCGAGAGGGGUUGGACUUGGUGCUGAAGGACCUCCAUCUGAACGUGCAUGGUGGAGAAAAGGUUGGUAUUGUCGGGCGGACAGGAGCUGGUAAAUCCUCGAUGACUCUCUGCCUCUUCAGAAUCAUAGAGGCAGCGCAAGGAGAGAUCAUUAUUGAUGGGGUGAAGAUUGCAGAUAUUGGGCUUCAUGAUCUCCGAUCAAAACUCACCAUCAUUCCACAGGACCCUGUGCUAUUCUCUGGGACAUUAAGGAUGAAUCUCGACCCCUUCAAUCAAUACUCAGAAGAGGAAAUAUGGAAUGCUCUGGAACUAUCCCACCUUAAACAGUUUGUCCACAGUCUGCCAGCCAGGCUGGAGCAUGAAUGUUCUGAAGGAGGAGAGAACCUCAGCGUGGGCCAAAGGCAGCUUGUAUGUCUUGCAAGAGCCCUCCUUAGAAAGACGCGGAUUCUGAUUCUUGACGAAGCUACUGCUGCUGUCGACCUGGAGACUGACGACUUGAUUCAGUCAACUAUCAGGACCCAGUUUGACAACUGCACCGUCCUCACCAUUGCUCAUCGGCUGAAUACAAUCAUGGAUUACACCAGGGUAUUGGUACUGGAAAAGGGAAGGAUAGCAGAGUUUGAUACACCUAGCAACCUCAUUGCACAGAAGGGAAUCUUCUACAGCAUGGUUAAAGAUGCUGGCCUAGCAUAACCCAAACCAUUCCAGAUGGUGGAAACCCUGGGCACUGUACUGCACCUGUACAUUUCCAGAUCCCUUGCACAGUGACUUCUCUUAAAUUUGCAGAGCCUCAGACCUAAUGUUUCCAAUUUAAAUCCAAAGAGAAUCUGUUCCCACUCAGGAGACAAAAACAGGCAGGUUUUUUUUGUAAAAUCACUGAACAGCAUUCUAUUUUUGUACUUGAUGUAUUUAUAUGUUAAGCAUUUAAGUGCAGGUGUUUGAUUUUUUUUGUAAAUAUAUAAGUAUGAGCUAUGACCAUAGGAAAAUGAUCCAGGCAGGAGUUUGUUUCAAUAAAACAAGACUUUUGCUAAA